AAAGACAUUGGCAAUGAAGUGUCUGUGCUGAACAACAUACAGCACUCUCCACCUCCCAAAGAAACAGGCAGACAUGGGAGGAUCCAUAUCGAAGCCAUGCCCUCCUCCUCCCUCCUCUCCAUUGUUGCUAAAACCCUGGAGGGAACUGGACUGGAACAAAAGGGAUGAGCUGAUAGACCAUUUAAGGAGAUUUCAGAUCCGCAACCCAGAUGUCAAGCAUCUCCGUAUCCUGGUCCAUGGUCCAGUGGGAGCAGGGAAGUCCAGCUUCAUCAACUCCAUCGACUCCAUCUUCCAGGAUCACAUGACCAGUGGAGCCAUAGCUGAAGCUUGUGCUGGACACAGCUUCACAAAGAUUUAUAAGACCCACAAAAUUAAAGAUGGAGAAUAUGGAUCCCAUUUACCAUUCGUCUUCAAUGAUGUCAUGGGUCUGGAAAGAGGAGAUUCCGAAGGGGUGCAAACAGAAGACCUCAAACAAAUCUUGGGGGGUCACAUCAAAGAAGGUUAUGUGUUCAAUCCAGUAAUCUCAUGUUCAAGGGAGAAGCACAGAGACAGCAAAGCUCCAGGUCUGAGUGACAGGAUUCACUGUGUGGUCUGCGUCCUUCCAGCAGACACCCUCCUCUGGUGUGCUGACGGCAGUAAAAUUUCACAACAUUCCAUGCAGAGAAAGGAUGAGGACUUCAUCAAAAAGAUUAAAGAUGUCCGAGCACACGCCAGCACAAUGGGCAUCCCUCAAAUUGUCAUCCUGACGAAAGUGGACGAGGCAUGCCCUGAGGUCAAUAAGGACAUUAAAAUGAUCUACAGAAGCAAAACCAUCCGGGAGAAGGUUAAACAUUGUAGUAAUAACGUGGGGGUUACCCAAAGCUGCAUCUUCCCAGUGAAGUGCUACCAUGAGGAGAUUGAUCUGAACAACGACAUGGACGUGGUGCUUCUGUCUGCACUGAAACACAUCCUGAACUACGCCGACGACCACUUGGCAGAUCAGAAAAAAGAAGAGGACUGAAAACACCAUUGAAAGAGUGACUACCAUACUGUACUUCAUAAUGUCUUUCUCCGUUAUGCUUAAAGACUUUACAUUCCAAUCGCCUAGACUAGCUUUAUUAUUGGUUAUCUUUUCUAUAUUGAUUUAACCUAUAAAUCUAGACGCCUCUAUCAGCAGCAAAUCUAAUUGGCCAAACUAAUUAGCAACUCUCUGUUGAUUUUGGAGCUGGCCAGUUUGAACAUUGGCCGGGCCAAUCACAUUGUGUAAAGAGUCGGUCUUACUGAUGACUGUCCAGCAACCAGAAGUUGCGACAGCUAAGCAUCCUGCUACUUGAAAACAAGAAGAUGUUUCGUUUAGCAUUAUCCUAUUGCAUGGAGAGGGAAUUUGAAAGACAUCCAUUUAUCCCACCCCUCCGAUUGAGCCCUGCUAUGGUGAGUCCCUAGACCCUACAUCUUGGUGUGGGUCUGGCUGGCUAGUCAGGCAAGAUUUAAACAGGACAAAUCAUCUAAUAGGAGCGGUAUUUAAGAUUGACUACUAGCAUUUAAAACAUGUAUUGUAGUCCAAAAUCAAAACACUGGAGAGCAACUGCCUCCCUCUCCCUCCAGGCUCAAGGCUGUCCUAGGUUGCCAUGGAGAGCCUAGAUUGAGGAUUCAACUAGCAUGAACUGAGCGCAAAGAGUAUAAAAGUAUGUUGUCAUGUUUUAUCAAUACAAUAUCAGAAUAGUCUGUAUAUUUAUUAACCCUUAUGUUGGCAGUGUUUAACAUCAUAAAAUAUAUGGUUCACUUUUUUUGUUUUGCUUCAAGUUUCAUGACUUUUCCUCAUUUGAAGGGUACAGUACAACAGAGUAAACAUGAAAUUUGCACAAAAAUAUGUUUCCAAUGUCCUGUAAAAAAAAUAGUUACGUUGGUGGUAUUGGGGUCAAUUUGACCCCAUUUUUAUGAAACAUGAUGAAAAUGAAUAUUUGACAAAUUAUGGAUAUUAUUAUUGUUAUAGUAUGAGAACAUGUAGUUAUUAUCAUUAUUGCAUAUACAAGUACAUAUUACAUAUAAGUUAUUUUGGCAGGUCUGAAAAAGUCCAAAAAGUCAGCCUUUGGGCUGUUGACACUGGAUUGGCCAUAUUGCCAGUAAGGGUU